AUGUCGCUCGCAACACUUGACGUCACGCAGCAUCCCAACCUUCCAGCAUCCGCCGAAACCCUCUUCAAAGCCAAGGCCCAGAAGAAGCUCAGCUUCGAGCAAAUCGCCCAGCACAUCGGCCGCAAUGAAGUCGCCACAGCAGCCCUCUUCUACGGCCAGGCGAAGGCUUCCCCAGAAGACAUCCAGAAACUGUCAGAGCUCCUCAAUAUCUCGCCCCAGGUUCUAGAAGAGCAGCUGAGCGGCUUCCCGGACCGUGGUCGCUCCGUUGAGAUGCCGCCGAAGGAGCCCUUGAUCUACCGAUUGUAUGAGAUCGUGCAGAACUACGGGUAUGCGUACAAGGCUGUUCUCAACGAGAAGUUUGGGGAUGGGAUCAUGAGUGCUAUUUCGUUUUCGACUAAGGUGGAGAAGGAGACUGAUGCGGAUGGGAAUAACUGGGCUGUUAUCACUCUCCGAGGCAAAUGGUUGCCUUUCUCUCGUUUCUGA